AUGACUUCAACUACACCAAAUAUCAUCGCAACAUGCAAACAGACCCGUUUCCAUUUUCUCGACGACAGGCCUUCCCGCGAAGUCGACAUCCAAGGCCUCAACAUAGUAGUCCACUCCCCCCAACACCAAGCUUCUAGCGAAAUCGGCACAGCAAAGUCAAAAGGCAAAUCGAAAUCAAAAGCAGACGGUCUUGAAAUUACAUCGAAUGCAGAUCUGAAACUCAAAGCGGGUUUUCAUUAUGGUCUUGUGGGGAGGAAUGGGACUGGGAAAUCUACUAUUCUCCGCGCGUUGGCGGAGAAGCUCAUUCCGGGAGUUCCGUAUUCGACACGCAUUGCAAUCUUGCAGCAGACAGAUGCUGAGAUUGAGGAGAGCAGCAAGAAUGAUAGCAUUGAUGGUCUUGCAGACUCAUUGCAGCAGAAUGGCUCCAUAUCGACGAGUAGUGCAAGCCAGAAGACUGCUUUGGAGCAGGUCAUUGCAAGUGAUACGAUGAGAGGCGAGAUUGAACGGAAAAUUAGCGUGUUGUCAAAGAGUCUGGAACAAGAAGAUCCUUUAGUACCUGUCCUUACCAUUCGAAAACUACGACAUGAGCAGUUGGCAGAGCAACUGUUUCUAGCGCAGAAGAAUGCGAGCAUCAGGAGCGGUGCUAGAGGUUUGCAAGCGAGAAAGGAGCUCAAGGCGAUUGAAAUUCGAGUAGCUACAUCUACGGAAUUACUGCAAGAGGAACACUCGAGUAUAGAUGCAGAAGCCAUUCAAGUGGACACACAAGCUGCGAUUGAUAUACUCCAAGAUCUACAAUCUCAAUAUGAAAUAAUGAAAGUCGUCGACGUCGAAAAACAAGCCCGCAAAAUUCUAACAGGUCUAGGUUUCAAAGAAGAAAUGCUUUCAAGACCAUUCACAACAUUAUCCGGCGGUUGGCGCAUGCGAUGCAUGCUAGCUGGAAUCCUUAUCCAAGAUCCGGACAUCAUGAUCCUGGACGAGCCCACAAAUUUUCUGGAUUUGCUGGGCGUGAUUUGGCUGGAGAAUUACCUGAAACAAAUGCGGCAGUCAUCGGGGACAACAUUGGUGUUGGUGUCGCAUGACCGCUCAUUCAUCAACGCUGUGUGCGAAGAGAUAAUCAUCCUGCGGGACCAGGCCCUGACGUACUUCAAAGGCAAUCUGGCCGCUUACGAGGAGAAUUUCGAAUCACAGAAGCUGUACUGGGGCAGAAUGAAAGAAGCUCAAGAAAAACAAAUUGCGCAUAUGGAAGCCACAAUCCGCGAAACGACCAAGGCUGCCAAAAAGACGGGCGAUGAUAAUAAAUUGCGAAUGGCGAAAUCGAGGCAGAAGAAGAUCGAUGAUAGAAUGGGAAUCCAAGUCAGCGCGACGGGAGGACGAUUCAAGUUGAAUCGCGAUUUGGUUGGUUUUCAUCUUAAGGCGCGUGCUGAGAUUGAGGUGCCCAAGGAUGAAAGAGGGACUACGAUUCAGUUGCCGGAUGCGCCAGAUCUACGAUUUCCGGGGCCGUUGAUCUCGCUGGAAAAUAUUACAUUUCGGUACAAACGUACAAGGCCUGUUGUACUAGACGACAUAGGCCUGACGAUACAUCUGGGUGAUCGGGUCGGCAUUAUGGGACUGAAUGGAUGCGGCAAGUCUACGUUGUUGCAAUUGCUGACCGGCGAGUUUACGGAACCAACGAAGGGGAAGGUUACUCGUCAUCCGCGAUUGAAAAUUGGUUACUAUGCUCAAAAUUCCGUGGGCGAGCUCCAGAAGGAGGGACGCACAGAGCCCGCACUGACGGCGUUGGGGUAUAUUCUGCGAGAUGCCGGUGGUCAACUCAGCGAAGGCGAGGCCCGAGGCUUGUUAUCAUCAUUAGGAUUGGCCGGUCGAGUUGCAUCUGACGUGCCUGUAUUUCGUCUUUCGGGUGGGCAAUUAGUUCGACUGGCUCUGGCCAAGAUCUUAUGGAACCCGCCUCAUCUCCUUGUUCUGGAUGAAAUCACCACCCAUCUCGAUUUCUACACCGUGACAGCGCUCGCAUCUGCAUUGUCUACUUUCAAUGGAGCCAUUUUGGUUGUCACGCACGAUCGUUUCCUGGUGCGGUCUGUUGUCGAGGGGAAACGAGACGUUGAUGCUCCAUUGGAUGAUGAUUUUGAGGCAGAGUCUGAUGGAGAGAUUGGAAUUGACGAGACGCCGAGGAGAAGGACUGUUUAUGUCCUCAAGGGCGGAAAGCUGGUAGAACAAGGUGAAGGCGUGAGUCAGUUUGAGAAGAGUUUGGAGAAGAGAGUUGUCAAAAUGUUAGCCACGUAG